AUGUCAGACUCACACCUGACUUUCUGUUUUCUUUCUUCCAUCCUUGCUCUUAUAGUCAUCACCUUCAUUUUCACCAAAAGAAAGAAACCAGCCCUUAAUCUCCCCCGUGGCCAAAUGGGGUGGCCCCUUCUCGGGGAAACCAUAGGGUAUUUGAAGCCUUACCGAGCUCUUACACUAGGAGAGUUUAUGGAGAAGCACAUAGCAAGGUAUGGUACAAUUUACAAGUCGAACUUGUUUGGGGAGCCAGCCAUAGUGUCAGCAGAUGCGGGGCUUAAUAGGUUGAUAUUGCAGAACGAAGGGAAGUUGUUCGAGACCAAUUAUCCUAAGAGCCUUGGGGGAAUACUUGGGAAAUGGUCUAUGUUGGUCUUAGUUGGGGACAUGCAUAGAGACAUGAGGAACAUAUCACUCAACUUUCUCAGCUAUACCAGGAUCCGAACUCAUCUGGUCAAAGACGUCGAUAAGCAUGCCCUUCUUGUUAUUUCCUCGUGGAAACAUAAUUAUACAUUCUCAGCUCAAGAAGAAGCUAAAAGGUUUACCUUCAAUUUAAUGGCGAAACAUAUCAUGAGUUUGGAUCCUGAGAAUGUCGAGACAGAACAAUUGAAGACAGAAUAUGUCUCUUUCAUGAAGGGUGUUGUAUCUCCUGCUCCUUUGAAUUUGCCAGGAACAGCAUACAGGAAAGCAUUAAAGUCUAGAUCCACCAUUCUGAAGUUCAUAGAGGCAAAAAUGGAAGAGAGGGCCAAGAGGGUUCAAAAGGGGGAUUCAUUGGAGGAAGAGAAUGAUCUUCUAAACUGGGUUUUGAGGCAUACAAAUCUUUCAACUGAACAAAUACUUGACUUGAUAUUAAGCUUGCUCUUUGCUGGCCAUGAAACCUCGUCGGUAGCCAUAGCUCUAGCUAUUUACUUCUUGCCUGGUUGUCCUCGAGCUAUGCAACAAUUAAGGGAGGAACACGUGGAAAUAGUCACUUCCAAGAAGAAGACAGGGGAUGUUGAAUUGACUUGGGAUGAUUACAAAAAAAUGGAGUUUACUCACUGUGUUUUGAACGAAACACUUCGACUAGGGAAUGUUGUGAGGUACCUUCACAGAAAGGCUAUUAAGGAUGUUCGGUACAAAGGUUAUGACAUUCCAUGUGGGUGGAAAGUUCUUCCGGUGAUUUCAGCUGCGCAUUUGGAUCCUGAACUUUUUGACCAGCCUCACCAAUUCAAUCCAUGGAGAUGGCAGGGAAAUAGUAAAAGUGAAAAUUUCAUGCCUUUUGGAGGAGGAUCAAGGAUGUGUGCAGGAUCAGAGUUAGCAAAACUUGAAAUGGCUGUGUUCAUCCACCAUCUGGUCCUCAACUAUGACUGGGAAAUUCUUGAUGGGGAUCAACCUUUUGUAUACCCUUAUGUAGAUUUCCCCAAAGGUCUUCCUAUCAAAGUUCAAACCCACCCUUCCACAUGA